UAUAGCGUUGUAAUUAUGUGCCAAGCAUGUCAGUUAACGCAAAUAUUUGCAAACGCUUGGAAUUGUUGUCUCUAUUUUCCUCCGAGAUCCGCGAAUUCUUUCGUAUCAUUUUGCAAUAAAAGCGACAGUCCUAUUGCUUCACCUCUGGCCGGGUCCGGUCCUGGCGGCCACAAACCCUCCUUCAAAAGCACCAAACUCGCUCGCCGCGCCCGUUCGUUUAAAGACGACUUUUUGGGCAAAAUCUCGCAAAUGCGCAGCCCCACAGGCCCGGGCCUCCGCUCGCACAGCCCCAAGGAGCGGCCGUCCAAGUCGGACAUGGUCGAGCACGCGUAUUCGACGACCAAAGGGCCUCUACAAGAGCUGGAAAACCUCUGGAAGCAGACCCAGGCCACGCUAAAACACUUCCGAGACGUCGUCUCGAAGCAAAAGCUCGAAAUGCUGCCCGGAAAUGGCACCAUAGUGCUCGACACAGUGUGGCAAAUAAACCUCGUUGUGCGAUCGUCAAUCAACUCGGAUUCGAGCAAUGCGAUUUUUUCGGCCACCAGCCACAUGUACCAGAGUGUGGCCAGGCUGAUCAAACUGUGCGAUGAUGCGCUGAUUGAUGACAAAAGCAGCGAAUUGACGACGGAGAAUGUCAACGAAAUCGUGGCGCAAGUGGAGGUGGCGGUGCAGGAGCUGAUCAGGUUGGUCCAGGAGAAGAUCGCGCACCAACAAAUUUCUUAUAAGACAACACCAAGGAGUUCGUACGUUAACACCAGCCUAGAAAUGCCAGCACAACGAAAUUCUUUACCUGAUAUUCCUCUGACACCAAGGGAGAGGCAGCUGUUGGAGCAGAAUUCGUGUGGGCCGCCGAUUGUGAGAAGCAGUCACAGCACGGAGUCGAUCUUGAGGGACUCCAGUCCGCCUCCCAAGCCACCGCUACCAGAUGGUGUUUUGUUUAAUAUAAGCCACUCGGAACCGAGCAGUUGUAUAACACCACCUCCUUUACCUCCAAAGAAGAAAAACUACAAACUGCAUCGAUUGACAGACGAAUGUUCGAGUUUGGAUAACUCCCCUAUACGCGCUAUCAGUCUUCGGUCGAAAUCACCCGAAGACUCAAUCUCCCUGUUAUCAGCAAGUGCGGGCAGUUUAGACUCGGUCCUAAACCACUCUCGUGGCGAGGAAGACGACGAAAUUAAAGGCAUAAUGGAGCGGACAUGUGACAGUGAAGUCGAUAAUCAUUCAGCUGAUAUUUUCGGCGCAAACGGGUCUCACAGUUCCUGGGAGGAGUCGUCAUUAAGCUCAAACAUAUCCGGUCAAAUCACCGACUACAAUCGACUAUCAAACACCGACUCAGGCUUUAUAUCGUCGCAGUCUUACCGAUCGUCGAGUUACUCCAAACGGAGCUCUCAACAGAGCUCGGUUAGCUCGCAGUGGGCGCAACACACGUCGAAAAUGUCAACCGAAACGGUUAAAACCGAAAGUACGAUGCACAGUGUGCACAAAGAAGGCGACUCGCUUUUAACCAUCAAAAACUUCGACCAAAAAACAAGCAGUAGCAGUAGCAGCAGCUCGCUGGUUUCAACGAUAGUAAAUGCCGGACAACUGAGCAUCACUGACGCUGAUGAGACACAACCGCCUGCCGUUCCACAGAAAACCAAAAGAAAAGAACGGCAACCCUCACCUUAUGAUAAUGUACCUGAUAGUAAUUUAGGAGGCGAACUUUUAGUCACUUGCCCCAUGCACCAAUCCCAUCAAAGCCUUGCGAGUAGCACUAGUAUGUCAAGUACGAUGGGUCAAGACAGCAAUAAGCCUCCGCCUCUCCCACCCAAGAAAAAACACAUGUUCCAGUCUGUGGCUUACUCUGUAAUGGCGUACAUGGAAAUGUUCGGCAACUGCUCCCACGCCAACGAACAGGAAUUCAUGCGACAUUCAGUGCACAUGGUGCAGUCGCACUGGGCCCAACCUCCGACCCCUGGUCUGCCAACAACCCAGUCAUGUUCAUUCAGUCACACUUCACACAGUUCUAGUCGUUCAUCACACACUCAAAUCCAAAUUCUAAACGUACCACCACAUUCCACAAUGGACCAAAGAGUAUCAUCGCCUUUGCAUUCCCCAAACCCCAUCAUAAUGGAAUCAAAUUCUCCUCCCCCAGCUCUCCCGCCCAAACAGAGGUCUAGGAACAGUUCGGUUAAACCGUCGCCGCCGCCCACGCCCACUGUUAACGAAGUCAAGCCGCAAUCGCCGGUUAAAACGCUACCGGAUUUGCUAGAACACACCGCCAAUUCGGUGACGAAGACUGCUGAAGAUAAGAAUGAAAUUAGUGAAGUUAAUCGCUGUGAUAUAGACUUAAUGGAAGAAGUGAACGUUGAUGAUUGGCUUGUUUUGAAGAAACCGGAGGAAGAGGGCCCUGAUAUCAGAGGGGGGCCCAUUGAUGCCCUCAUCAUCCAGGCCACCAAGGCCACCAAAAACGGAGAAGAAAAGGAAAAUGUUUUCAUGUAUCAAGAAGCAUUUUUGACAACGUACCGCACGUUCAUCACCCCUCUCGACCUAAUAACAAAACUUAUACGAAGAUACGAUCACUUUUCGUUCAAACCUAACAACAAGAAAUUGCGAUCGGAGGCGUUCGCUUUGAUCGUUCGAGUGGUGAAUGACUUGACCGUUUCCGAUUUGGACGACCAACUCCAAUGCAAACUCAUGCACUUCGUGCAACAGCUCAUCUCUUCGGGCGAAAUCACCUUAGCCAAAGCCCUCCGAGUCAAACACUUGGAACGGUACGAAGCCAAACAAAUGAGUCUGAAAUACACCAAUGUCGUGACGAGUCUCUCGCUCACUGCGCGAACUUCGACUCUGCUCGACUUCAAAUCGGAGCAAAUCGCCGAACAAAUGACUCUGCUCGAUGCCGAUUUGUUUAUGAAGAUCGAAAUACCGGAAGUGCUGAUUUGGGCACAGGAACAGAAUGAGGAGAGGAGUCCGAAUUUGACGAGAUUCACUGAACAUUUUAAUAAAAUGUCGUACUGGGCACGUACGAGGAUUUUAACAGCCGAGGGGAAAGACGUGCGGGAGAAGUAUUUCUUGAAGUUUAUUAAAAUUAUGAAGCAUUUGAGGAAAAUUAAUAAUUUUAACUCGUAUUUGGCGCUGCUGUCGGCGCUAGAUUCGGCCCCCAUUCGGAGGUUGGAGUGGCAGAAGCAUGUGCAAGAAGGGUUGAAGGAGUAUUGUGCUUUAAUAGACAGUUCGUCGAGUUUUAGGGCAUAUAGGGUGGCUUUGGCUGAGACUCAACCCCCGUGCAUCCCUUACAUAGGGUUGGUUCUGCAAGACUUAACAUUCGUUCACAUAGGAAACAGUAACUUAUUACCUGAUGGUACAAUAAACUUUUCAAAGAGAUGGCAACAGUACAAUAUUGUUGAAAAUAUGAAAAAGUUUAAGAAAGGAAUCUACACUUUCAAAAAACAAGAGCGCAUUAUUCAGUUUUUCCAAAACUUUGAUGAUUUCAUUGGUGAGGAUGCAAUGUGGCAAUUAUCAGAGUCCAUAAAACCCCGUGGUGGCAAAAAAGCUACUUCGUAAGUAGUGGCCAUCUUAGUGUAAUAGCAAUACUUGUCGAUUUUAACGCAAUUUUGAGCUCUAUUUAAAUAAAUAUUUAUUUAUAAUUGUAUAUUUUAAAAAUCAGUAUUUUAUGAAAUGAGCUAGGAGGAAUUUUCGUGAGACUUCUUCGUCCUUUACAACCAAGAGUUUUGUCGCGAUAAAACGUAAAAUGCGGUGCUUUCAAUCUCUAACUUAGGUCUUAAAAAAUUCUAUUUAUUGAAACAAGGAAUUUUUAUGCAACGAAUUUUUGUUAAGCUUUCGCCUAAACCAAUCGAUUUUUUGCGAAGUCUUUACUCUGUUCAUUAUGAAUGCUUUAUGCAUAAGACUGAGCUGUACUGUUUUCUGAAUGUUCUAAGGAAUUUUUCGUUAUAAGUGGCAUUUGUAAAACGGACUGAAAUAAACACUGUAAGUUCAACGACAUAAAGACGAUGUUAUAGCACUUCUUCCAUUUAUUGCAACCGCAAAUUGAGUGUUAGAUUAAUUAAACUUAAUAGUUAUGUGUACGAGCAUUACUGUUAGAGAAAAAGUUAACUAUUAGAAGGCCUAACUAAAUAUAAGCUAACUUAAAUUAAGGACAGCUGAGUAGACUGCUCUAACCCAUUAAAUUAUCAAACCAAACAAAACUCGUGGUGAGUUUAUUUAUGUUGCAAUAUUUUUUAGACCAAUUAUACAUGUGUUUUAGAUUUGCAAAUGUCGGAGUGUAUUUUUUCAAAAAUGUAUCACUUUUUAGCUCAAUUGUAUUAUAGAUAGAUGUCUAUUCUGUUGAAUCUUCUUUUAACAGAAAUGUGUAAGGCGAUUUUCUUCAUGCAUAUUAACAUAUCAUAGGUGGAAACAUAUGCAGUGAUACGGACGUACUAUUUUCGAUUGUGAUUCACUCUUAUGAUGCGUCUUUUGUUGCACAUUUCUGUACAACUGUGAUGUCAACUUUUUUAACUGUUUUUAUUUAUCUUUCUUUACACGGUCACGUUAUUUAUUCAGCCGUGCCCAAUAACACGUUACACAGGCAAGUUAUCUUUAUUAGGAACGGCCAGUGGGUGUUACUUUGUGUGCCAUUUUAUUCAUUCAUUUUCAUGAUAUUAAAUGAGUUGUAGUGAUUGUAUGAUGUACAUAAAUUGUGUAAAUUUGUU